GGCCGCUUGUGUGUUGCUAUGUAAGAAGCAGCACGGUGAAGCCUUUGUUUAGUUUUGUGUUUAAGGAGCGUAGUUUAGCUGUUUUAUUCGUUUCUUGACACAGAGAGCUAUAUAUUUUUUUACAGACAGCAUUUCCACUGCGUAGAAUUACUUCUAAAAAAAAAAAGAAAACAAAAACAGCUCUGCUUUAAGCUCCUUCGGAACGUGACAUGUAUGUGUAAAGCUCACUCCGUCCAAAGAGGCCUCAUGGAAGCGAGCAACGAUGUGGCGCUGGACAUUAUCAUCACAAACGUGGUUUCCGUCUUCAGGACCAGGUGUCAUUUAAACCUGCGCACUAUCGGCCUGGAGGGGACCAACGUCAUCUACAGACCGGAAGUGGGGAAAGUUCUGAUGAAGCUCCGCAAACCUCGUAUCACUGCCUCCAUAUGGUCAUCAGGGAAAAUCAUUUGCACUGGAGCAACAAGUGAGGACGAGGCGAAACUGGGUGCCAGGAGGUUAGCCCGCUGCCUCCAGAAGAUAGGAUUCAAGGUCAGGUUUUCAGACUUUAAGGUUGUCAAUGUGCUGGCAGUGUGCUCCAUGCCUUUUCAGAUCCGUCUCAUUGAGUUCACCAAGAACAACCGUCCCAUAGCCAGCUACGAGCCCGAGAUCCACCCAGCUGCUUCAUACAGAAUUAAAACCCUUCGGACCACAGUGCAGGUGUUCUCCACAGGCAACAUCACCGUUACAGGACCAAAUGUUCAGAGUGUUGCCACGGCUGUGGAACAGAUAUACCCUCUACUGUUCGAGUGUCGGAAAAAACUGGCGUAACACACACACACACACACACACACACACACACACACACACAGAGUCUGGAAAAACUGAAGAAGCACCUUAUAAGUGAAUGUGUUGUAAGACAUUAAACUGUCGGCCUCAUUGUCGUGUAGUAACUGAACAUUUUAAUCAAACGUUAUUUUAGUGCAUGGACACCAAAGUCAAUGAAAAGCUGUUGCUAUUUUCAGAAAUGUUGGAGUUUUACCGAAAACUGAAGCUGGCUUUAGUAGAGCGACACCGAGGACGGACAUUAAAACGACAGCAGACGCACUAAACAGGAUGUGAUGUAAUAUUUACCUGCUGCAUUCUGUUGAACAAGAACACUGUUUUAUGAGGCAGUGUGCAGAUUACGUGUUUAUGUAAUAUGUUCCCAUUUUGUAUUUUAUAAUAAAGACUGAAUAAAAUAAU